AUGGAUUACGAUAGUCGUAUCAAGGCAUACCGCCUGGUCGGUUAUGCGUCUGUGGCGUUCUCGAUGGUGGCCGUUCUAUCGGUCUCGUUCACUUUACCAAUGGUUUACAAUUACGUACACAAUGUGCGCAAUCAGAUGACCGGUGGUGUUAUGCGCUGCCAAGGAAACGCGAAAGACAUCUGGAAUGAGGUGGUUCAUUUGAAGAACAUUCCUGCGGCCAGAAACCGUACCGCUCGUCAAGCUGAGUCCGGUUGCGAAGCUUGUUGUGUUCGUGGAGCACCUGGACCGAUCGGUCGUCCAGGUCUCCCAGGUAAAGUGGGAAGAGUUGGAGCUCCAGGAGCACCUGGAAAUCCCGGAAGACCACCAGUGCAGCCUUGCCUUCCACCAGUUCCACCACCAUGCAGAAAAUGCCCACAAGGACCACCUGGCCCUGCCGGACCACAAGGACCAAUGGGUAAACCCGGAAGCCCUGGUCAACCUGGAGGCGUAGGACCAGCAGGAAGUGCAGGACCUGAUGGACCAAAAGGCUCAAGCGGGUCAGCUGGACGCCCUGGACCUGACGGUCCUGCAGGAAGUGCUGGACCAAGCGCUUUGGCUCCACCGGCAAUGCCUGGACCAGCUGGAGCAGCUGGAGAUCGUGGUCGACCAGGACAAUCAGGACCACCAGGACGACGAGGAAUUGAUGGAAAUCCAGGACAGCAAGGACCCAAGGGAAAUAAAGGAUUUGACGGAAAACCCGGAGUCGAUGGACAGCCUGGAGUGCCAGGUAUUGAUGGUCAAGCGGGCGGUAUUGGCGAGAGAGGUAUAUGCCCCAAAUAUUGCUCAGUUGAUGGAGGUGUUUUCUUCGAAGAUGGAACUCGCAUCUAA